AUGUCUCAAGUCUCAGGAAAGCAAGACUCCAUCAAAGGCAAGAUUGAGAAGACAUCUUCUGGAGUCAAGGUUAUGGGAUUGAAUGCGCAAUCCUCUGCUCAAUCCAAGAAGGAUUCUAGAAGAAAGAAUUCAAGAACUCCUGCCAGAAAGUGCUACAAGUCGAGUACGAGAUCUCAGGGCACUCGUGACUCACCUGUGUUUGAGGAUGUUUCUCAUGAAAUUUCCUCUACGGAUGAAGAGGCAGAUGUUGAGGCUUCUGCUCCUCAAACUGAAGUUCUUGUAUCCAAUGUGCCUGAUAAGGAGAAUUCACCAUCUCUGGAUUCAUCCUCUGAGUCCAAGAACUCAGAACCAGAGAAUGAAGCCCACGAGGCGGUCUCUUCUGAGGAGUCUACCAAACCUCCUCCAUCUGUUCAUGAAAUUUCAGAUGCUGAUGACUCAGAUGAUGUUCCUCUGGCAAGUGUUGCUGCCAGGAUGAAGAAGAGAAGAAGGGUUCCUGUUGAAGACCCCCCCUCUGGUUCACAAAAGAAGACCAAAUCCACUAUGGAUGUGAAGAGCAAAGGUAAACAAAAGGUUGUGGAUUCCUCACACAAGAAGGUAAAGAAAACUGCUGAGAAGAAGAAAAUUCCAAGGAUUGAUUUGGAAUCUGAGUCUGAUGUUGAAGUCGAUGUUCAGGACAUUCGGACUUCUGAAAAGAAGAAAUUCUCUGGUAAGCGAAUUCCUUCAGAUGUUCCUUCUUUCCCUAUUGAUAAUGUUCCCUUUCAUGCUGCUGAGAAUGUUCUCAAGUGGAAAUAUGUUUGCAACCGCCGGAUUGCAAAAGAAAGGGAGAUUGGCAAGGAUGUGCUUGAGUGUAAGAUGAUUGUUGCUCUCAUUGACCGGGCUGGUCUAAGGAAGACAGUCAUGGAUAUUGGAAAAUGUUAUGAGAAGCUAGUGAAAGAGUUCCUAGUUAAUUUGAAAGAUGAUGUUGGCAUUCCUGGAAGUGCUGAAUUCAGGAAAGUUUAUGUGCGAGGGAAAUGUGUAACUUUUUCUCCUGCUGUGAUCAACCAAGCCCUUGGAAGAAUUGUCUUUGGACAAGGAGUGGUGAAUUGGAUCCCUUCUCAUCAUACCUCUGCUGUCUCUGCGAUUUUAGCCAAACUGAUCUACAGAAUUGGGACUGAAGUGCCUUUUGAUUUUGGCUCUUUGGUGUUUGCUCAAACUUUGAAACAUGCAGAAACUUGUGUUGUAAAGCUGCCUAUUUCUUUCCCUUCACUCUUGACUACUAUCAUCCUGAAGCAGCAUCCUGAUAUACUCAGAAUGGAUGAUGUGGCUUUUCCUAAGGGUACUCCCAUCACUUUGGAUCAUCGCCUGUUCCUGGAUCCCCAUGUCCUGGAUAUUGAUAUGCCAUCUCGCAGGACAUCAAUUCCUGUUUCAAUGUCUGCUUCUGGAACUCAGAGUGUUAUUGCUGAAUUGGAGGAUCUUUCAAAGGAGUUGCAGGUUUCUAUCAAGGUUGCUACUGAGAGGAAGCUGAAGGUGGAUACUUUGAUUGCUAAGCUUAAAGAGGAGGCAGGUCACGAGGGUGAGUCUAGAAGUGAUGCUGCAGAGGAGGAAGGAUCUGAGGAAGAGGAGUCUUCAUCUGAAGCUUAA